CCUCCCGCUCACGGAUUCGUCAAUCCUUGCAUCCAAACACACUUUCAUCGGCCCAACCUCUCUCGGGACCUUCUCCCUCGCCUUCGCCAUCUCCUUCGCGUGCUUCCACGUCCUGUCGGACACUAUCAACGUUACCGGCGAAUUCUGGUUGUUCAGGAGGUUGCGGGAUUUGAACUCGGAGAUGGUGACGGCGGGAAAGGAAGGAGAUGGCUGGAGGAGUUUGGUCGACAGUUCCGGCGGAGUUGAGGUUGCCGUUUCCGUCCCCGGAGAUGUGGUGGUUGAGGAGACGGCAGCCGGAGGGACUUUGCAAGGAGAGGGACGGUGUUGAGCUUGUGCUUGGACUCGUGCAGCUGGUGGAGGGAUGACGAUCUUCGUCCUCGUCCGUCCGUAUUGGAUCCGUCUGGAUGACGUGGCAUAGACACGCCGGAAUCGGACUGUCGCAGUUGUCGCGAAUAUUCCGGCGAUGAUGCUGCGGCGGCGCUAUUGGGUCGUCUGUCCUUCAUGGCAGUUCUCGUCACUGAAACGGUGUCGUUUUCCUUUCGCAUUUGGCAAAACGAUGUCGUUUAUAGUGUCAACGACGUGGCGGUUUAUUUCUUCUUCCGACGCCAUUUUAUUUAUACAAACCAUUCUUCGGGAUUCGGAGAAUCAAAAUUACGGGCAGAAAGACAAUUAAAGGACACGAAUCGCACCAGAAGAAAUGUCCAGCAAAAGCUCGGAGCUUACCGCAUCAGACUCUGCUAAGUUUCGGCACACGCCGUUUUACUGCGAGGAGAACGUCUAUCUGCUCUGCAAGUCGUUGUGCGAGAAUGGAGUUGCAGAUGCCACAGGAUCCGACCUCUUUGUCGUUUUCAUCUCCAAUGAUAAGAAGCAGGUUCCGCUUUGGCAUCAGAAAGCUAGUGGAAGAGCUGAUGGGAUUGUCCUCUGGGAUUAUCAUGUCAUCUGUGUCCAGAGGCGAAAAGGAAGUCAGUCUCAGCCUCUGGUGUGGGAUCUGGAUUCGACAUUGCCCUUCCCUUCACCGUUAACUUCUUACGUGGCUGAGACCAUCCAACCAUCUUUUCAGCUUUUCUCCGAGUACCAGAGGUUCUUCCGAGUCGUGCAUGCUCCUCUAUUCCUUAAGCACUUUGCUUCGGAUAGAAGACACAUGAAAGAUCCUGAUGGAAACUGGACCGCUCAACCUCCUCCAUACGAACCCAUUGUUGCAGAAGACGGAGAAUCGCACAACCUGAACGAGUACAUAGCGCUGAGCAGUGCGGAUACAUUGUCGAGUUUGGAUCCUGACAUGGUUAGAACUUCAAUUGCUCAGAAACUUGGUAUUGCGGUGAGUCACUCUCAGCUCGAGGAGCUCUUCCACAAGCUUAUUACUCCUUAACUCUGCCAUAAAAAAAAAUCCUCCCUUGGAAUUUUGUGCUUUGUGUUCAACAUAUGUAUCUGAAACAUUUUGUUGUUCAUUGAUUGAAACCAAGUUCUGAUUUUUGGAUGGAAUUAUACAA